CGAGCGCCGGCGCUUUAACUCGCAGCCAGCAUCAGCCGAGCAGCGAUUGACCACGUUUCGCAGCAGUUCACACCACUGCGACAGCAACAAGCAUCGCAGAGCAACUAUCGCCAUCGCUGCGGCACGUUUAAGCCUGUUUUGUGACAGUGCUCUCUGAACACAAUCCGUCGCACGAGCUUGCGCAGGGCUCGUCGUCGGCGAGGACCACGCCCAAAACGGCGUUCUAAGCGUAAUGGCGCUCCUCAUGGACUACGCAAAAGCCCUCUUCGACAUAGCCAUGAUCAUCGCGGUGCAGGCAUUGAUGCUCGCCCAGGUGAGCUUCGGCUACUACCGUUUGAAAGGCGAAGUACCGGAAGGCGUCACGGUCCGAGACCGAGAACCCCUACCCAAGGAAUCCACUCUAUCGAUAGUGAUUCCGGCGUACCGCGAAGCCGAUACCAUAGAAGCUACCUUAAGGCGGGUAGCGCAGGCGGCCAGCUGGCCGAGCAGAUGUGAGGUCAUUGUGGUCGAUGCCGGAGGCGGCGACGACACGCUACCCAUCGUGCGACGAUUGAAAAAAGAGCUCGACUUUGACAUACAAAUCACAACGUCGACGGGCGGCCGCGGCCCCGCCGUCGCCGCCGGCGCCGCGAAGGCCAAAGGCCAAGCAUUGCUCGUUCUGCACGCCGACACGCUGCUGCCCUACGCCUUCGACGACCGCAUCAUCGAAGCGUUGGGCGCGAACUACGCGUGCUGCUUUAGAUUUGCGGUCGACCGGACCCAGAUUCACUGGAAAGGAUUAUUACGGUGGCUGCGCCUCGUACCGUUCGAGGUCAUGGAUCGGACCGUAUUCAUAAGGUCGGGCUUCUUCCAGCUGCCCUUCGGCGACCAAGCCAUAGCCUGCCGGAAGACGACGUACGCGGCGCUCGGCGGCUUUGAUGAAUUGGCACGGGCGCCCAUGCUCGAGGAUUAUCUGUUGGUGCAGAAAUUACGAAGGCUGGGCAAGGCGUUGGGGGCGCGCUGCAUCACCCAGCUCGGGGCGCCGGCGCGGUGCCACCCGCGGCGCUGGCUCGCGCGGCCCGUCUGGCGCGUCAACUGGACGAACCAGGUGAUCAUGGUGCAAGUGAACUACCGGGGCCUGACGCCGCAGCAGGUCUUCGAGCUGUACUACGGGCGGCGCGUGUAAAGUGAUUGUUAGUA